AGCAACUGUUAAAAUUCAGGGGAAGUAUAAGAGUUUGGUCUCUUUUUUAACUUCGGUGCAUCCAAUGGGGAAAACCAUCCGGGCCCAUAUUCGGGUAUGGCUAAGUAGCUCUCAGGCCUCAGCUCUUGGAUACUGCGCUCCCGCCAUCGUCAAAACCAGUUCUUCCUUUUUCCCGCCAAUACCAAAGAACCCCAUUUCUCCACAUAUAUAAACUUUGUGUUCCACUGAAUUCAUUAUCAAUCGUUUAACUAUUUGCAAUCCUUUUUUCCAAUUGAUUUUUACUGCUAGAUUUAUUUAGAGUUGCUUAUGGAGGACAAUUUGAAUUUGCUGGAUCAAAACAAGCUCCCAGAACUAAAGCUCGAUGCAAAGCAGGCGCAAGGGUUUCUGUCAUUCUAUAAAACCCUACCUCAAGAUUGUCGGGCUGUUCGAAUUUUUGAUCGUCGGGAUUAUUUUACUGCUCAUGGAGAAAAUGCAGCUUUUAUAGCGAAAACUUAUUAUCACACUACCACGGCCUUACGGCAGUUAGGUAGUGGUUCUGAUGGCCUUUCCAGCGUAACUAUAAGUAAAAGCAUGUUUGAAACGAUUGCUCGUGAUCUACUUUUAGAAAGGACAGACCAUACAAUUGAACUGUAUGAGGGUAGUGGUUCAAAUUGGAGACUUAUGAAGAGUGGAAGUCCAGGAAACUUGGGCAAUUUCGAAGACAUUCUUUUUGCCAAUAAUGAAAUGCAGGAUUCUCCUGCUACUGUUGCAUUGUUACCCAACUUCAAGGAAAAUAGUUGCAAUGUUGGUUUGGGCUAUGUUGAUCUAAGUCAGAGAGUGGUUGGAUUGGCUGAAUUUCUGGAUGAUAGCCAUUUUACAAAUGUGGAAUCAGCUUUGAUUGGGCUGGGUUGCAAGGAAUGCCUACUCCCAGCUGAUGUUUCCAAGUCUACCGAAGGAAGGGGCUUGCUUGAUGCAUUGUCAAGAUGUGGUGUGAUGGUAACUGAACGAAAAAAAUCUGACUUUAAAGCCAGGGAUUUGGUGCCAGAUCUCGGAAGACUAAUCAAAGGUUCAAUUGAGCCGGUGCGUGAUCUAGUUUCAGGACUUGAAAUUGCCCCUGCUGCUUUGGGCGCAUUGCUAACUUAUGCAGAAUUACUUUCAGAUGAAAGCAAUUAUGGAAAUUUCAUUAUUAAGCCUUAUAAUCUGGGUAGUUGCAUGAGGCUCGACUCUGCUGCUAUGAGAGCAUUAAAUGUUAUGGAGAGCAAAAAUGAUGCAAACAAAAAUUUUAGUUUAUUUGGUUUGAUGAACAGAACCUGUACGGCUGGAAUGGGAAAACGGUUGCUUCACAUGUGGCUCAAGCAGCCUUUGUUAGACGUAAAAGACAUAAAUACUCGGCUGGAUUUGGUACAAGCUUUUGUGGAGGAUAUAGAACUUCGCCAAGAUUUGAGGCAGCAUCUGAAAAGAAUAUCUGAUAUAGAAAGAUUAAUACGCAAUCUUCAAAAGAAAAGGGCUGGUUUACAUCAUGUUGUAAAGCUUUAUCAAUCAAGCAUUAGACUUCCAUACAUUAAAAGUGCACUUGGAAAGUAUGAUGGGCAAUUUUCUGCAUUAAUUAAGGACAGGUUUUUGGAGCCCAUUGAGAUGUGGACUGAUGAUGAUCAUUUAAACAAGUUUGUGGCCCUUGUUGAGACUUCAAUAGACCUUGAUCAACUUGAGAAUGGCGAAUACAUGAUUUCAUCUGGUUAUGACUCGAGGCUUCUUGAACUAAAAUAUGAACAAGAGUCACUUGCGCGUGAAAUAGAUACUCUUCACAGAAAAACUGCUGAUGAACUCGAUCUCGUUGUUGAUAAAGUUCUAAAGUUAGAGAAGGGUACACAAUUUGGUCAUGUUUUUAGAAUAACAAAGAAGGAAGAGCCAAAAAUUAGGAAAAAACUUACCACACAGUUUAUUGUGCUUGAGACACGAAAGGAUGGUGUCAAAUUUACAAAUUCAAAACUCAAAAAACUAGGGGAUCAGUAUCAGAGAAUACUGGAGGAGUACAAGAAUUGCCAAAAGGAAUUAGUUCAACGAGUGGUUCAGACUGCUGCCACCUUCUCUGAGGUUUUUGAGGCGUUAGCUGCAUUGCUAGCUGAACUGGAUGUAUUACUCGGUUUUGCUGACUUGGCAACAAGUUGUCCUACUCCUUACACAAGACCAGAUAUUACUUCAUCUGAUGUUGGGGAUAUCAUAUUAGAAGGCUGUAGACACCCCUGUGUGGAGGCGCAGGAUUGGGUGAAUUUCAUACCAAAUGACUGCAAACUUGUUAGAGGACAAAGCUGGUUCCAAAUUAUCACAGGGCCCAACAUGGGUGGAAAAUCCACUUACAUUAGACAGGUUGGUGUAAAUGUUUUGAUGGCACAAGUGGGAUCGUUUGUUCCUUGUGAAAAUGCAAGUAUUUCUGUUCGUGAUUGCAUAUUUGCUCGUGUUGGUGCUGGUGACUGCCAAUUGCGAGGAGUCUCGACUUUCAUGCAAGAAAUGCUCGAGACUGCCUCAAUUUUGAAGGGCGCCACUGACAAGUCACUUAUAAUCAUUGAUGAGUUAGGCCGAGGGACAUCAACUUAUGAUGGGUUUGGUCUUGCCUGGGCUAUUUGUGAGCACAUUGUUGAUGUCAUCAAGGCACCUACUUUGUUUGCAACCCACUUUCAUGAACUCACAGCAUUAGCCCAUGAUAAGGGAGGGGAUGAACCUUCCAAUAAAAAGACUGUUGGUAUAUCAAAUUUCCAUGUUAGUGCACACAUAGAUUCAGCAAGUCGCAAGCUAACAAUGCUUUACAAGGUUGAACCAGGGGCUUGUGAUCAAAGUUUUGGUAUUCAUGUCGCAGAGUUUGCCAACUUCCCUGAAACGGUUGUAUCCCUUGCUAGAGAAAAAGCGGCUGAAUUGGAAGAUUUCUCCCCUACCACAAUUAAUUCUGUCGACCCUUCAAAAGAGGUGGGACAGAAGCGGAAGAGGGCAUUGGAUCCAGAUGCAGUCUCUCAGGGUGCAGCGAGGGCUCAUCGCUUUUUAAAAGAGUUUGCUGAGCUUCCUUUAGAACAGAUGGAUUUGAAGCAAGCAUUGCAGCAUGUGAAUAAAAUGAAGAACGACUUAGAGAAGGAUGCCGAAAACUGCCAUUGGUUAAAGCAAUUUCUCUAGUUCUCUGCACUCCUGAUCACUACAGCCUCUCCGGAAUUUUGCUCAUAUCUGGUAGGUGGAUAUUAGAAUUCGCUGCUCAUCGGAAAAUAGGCAUAAGGAAAAGCUAUGAUACUCUUCCCACCUUUCGAGCAUCAGGUUCAGUAAAUUUAGGCCGGAUGCCUGUGUAUUGUGAUGCUCGUUGUUUUCCCUUGGUUAUAGAGGUGCAAAUAUUGAAUUGGGUAUACGUUUCUUGACAUUUUUCCAUUGUAGAUGAUGGUGAUGACAGUGAAUCUUGUUAACUUGUAAAAUGUAAAUGAUGCAAAAGCUAUUGAGUAGUGCUCCUUAAUGUGAACCUUAUUUGUAGGGCUCAGCUCGUCCCCUUUUCAUUUGAGCUCGGCAAAAGUUCGUAUGCAGCCUAUUGCACAAGUGUAAUCAUUAUGUCUUGUGAUAUCUAAUGUUUGGAGGGAGAUUGACUUCCGGUGCAUUUGCUUUCUAUCUUAGGUUUGUGCUCGUCUGAGCUACUUAAAUGUUCGCUGGAGCAAAUCAAUAGUAGCGUCCAGUAGUUGUGUUGUUGCUUCUGUUGCUCAUCCAUGUAAAUGUAUUCCGGAACAAUCAUGCUUCAAAGCUUCCAAGUAACAACCGAUAUUUCAACCACCCACCACCUCAACACCUAAAAUUUAUAAAAAUAGAUGAACAAUU